AAAAGGAGAGGCGGAGGGUUGGUGUGGACUGAGAGAGAACGCGAGAGAGAGAGAAAGAGAGAGAGAGAGAUGGAGGGAGAGCGCACGAACAGUGUUGCCGUUACUGUCAGCUGUGGAACGGUUCAGUCAUCAAUGGACAGAGUACACACCUAGCCAGCAGCAUAGCCUCUUUCAAUGUACCUUCAUUUCUGCUAUGAAACGGAGGGAAGUAUAAUCAAAUCCGGUUACCUAGUUUCGCUUUCAUCGUUUAUAUUGCAGAUUGAAAUGGAGACAACGUUGUGUUAGCGCGCGCUAUUGAUUAGACUCCAAUAGGCUUUAUUCCUUGCGGAAGAUUUGUUUGAUCUCAACCAUACAUUAACAAUGAUGGAGUAUUGGAGGCAGUGCGCAUUAUGGCUGAUCAACUGCAAGGUGCUUCCACCCAACCAUCGGGUAACAUGGGAGUCCGCCCAGGUAUUCGACCUGGCUCAGACACUCCGAGAUGGAGUGCUCCUGUGUCAGCUUCUCAACAACCUCCGACCCCAUUCCAUCAACCUCAAAGAGAUCAAUCUCAGACCGCAGAUGUCACAGUUCCUGUGCUUGAAGAACAUCAGGACAUUUCUCUCCGCCUGCUAUGAGAUAUUUGGCAUGAAGAAGAGUGAACUCUUUGAGGCCUUCGACUUGUUUGAUGUGCGGGACUUUGGAAAGGUUAUGGACACAUUGUCCAAACUGUCCCGCACCACGAUUUCAGAACAAACCGGAAUAAAGGCUUUUCCUUCAGAGGAGAGUCUAGAAGAAGAUGAGGACAUCUAUAACCACCUAGAAGACCUGAUAGAUGAGAAAGGUGUGGAGGAUGAGGAGGAUCUUUAUGACUGUGUCUACGAUGAUGAAGACGGAGGAGAGAUCUAUGAAGAUCUGAUGAAGGCUGAAGCAGUCCCUCCUCCUCUGUGUUAGAGACAGAAUAUCAGGAGCUGCUGUCUGACAGAGAUCAAGCAGACUGAGGAGAAGUACACAGAGACUCUGGACUCCAUAGAGAAGUAUUUUAUGGCACCUCUUACGACAUUCCUGUCCUCGGAGGAGAUGAAGAACGUGUUUGUCAACAUUCCGGACCUGGUUAAAGUUCACAAGAGUCUCAUGGUGGAGAUCCAAGACUCUGUCCACCAUAAAAGUGCUCAGAACAUCUACCAGAUCUUCAUCAACUACAAAGAGAGAUUGCUAAUAUAUGGGAAAUACUGUAGCCAUGUAGAAACGGCCAUCGUUGCUUUGGAUGACAUCUGCAAACACAGAGAGGACAUCCGAAUGAAGCUGGAGGAAUGUGCGAAGAGAGCCAACUAUGGAAAGUUUACACUGAGGGAUCUGCUAGUUGUCCCUAUGCAGCGGGUACUGAAGUAUCACCUUCUUCUACAGGAAUUAGUGAAACACACUCACGACGCGGCUGACAAGAGCAAUUUGCGGCUGGCGCUGGAUGCCAUGAAGGACCUGGCUCAAUACGUCAAUGAAGUGAAGAGAGACAACGAGACUCUGAGAGACAUAGCCCAGUAUCAGAAAUCCAUCGAAAACCUUAAUCAGUCUCUUAGUACCUAUGGGAGACCAAAAGGAGACGGAGAGGUACGCGUUACCUCAAUCGACAAACGUGCCAAACAGGACCGGCACAUCUUCCUGUUCGAUGCUGCUGUGAUCGUCUGUAAGAGGAGAGGAGACAACUAUGAGAUGAAGGAGGUGAUCGACCUGCACCACUUCAAGAUCACCAACAACCCCACGUCAGACAAGGAGAACAGGAAGUGGUCCUAUGGGUUCUACCUGACACACAACCAGGGGCAGAGUGGCUUCGAGUUGUUCUUCAAAACCAAGGAGCUGAAGAAGAAAUGGCUGGAGCAGUUUGGCAUGGCCAUAUCCAACAUACGUCCAGAGAAUGGCACCAGUAACCUCCAUGAGUUCAAGAUGCACACCUUCGACAGAAUCACAUCCUGUAGCUACUGCCACAUGCUGCUAAGGGGUAUCUUUAACCAGGGGUACCUGUGCUCCAAGUGUGGUGUUGGAGCCCAUAAGGAAUGUCUGGGGAGGUUUGGCAGCUGUGGAAAAACAGAUUCGGGCUCCUUCAGAACUCAGGUAAAAUCAGUGCAAGGACGGCGCUCAGAUCCAGGGUUACCUAAGAUGUUGGUGACCAGGAACUAUUUUGGCGUGCCAAGUCCCAUAUGUGGCCCGCCCCUCAACAUCCAGCAAGGUGACAUCAUCGAGCUGGUCUGUGCCGAUCUACACAGCUCCUGGUGGCAGGGCAAAAUUCUGACGACGAGAGAGGUCGGCUUCUUUCCAAGUGACGCCGUGAAGCCGUGUCCAUGUGUCCCCAAACCUUGUCGACUACUCCACACACCUUGUGCCUCCUGGACUGUAGGUUUGCUGGCCCAUGAGAGACUUCAGCUGAGGGCAGAGCUGAUCAACAGAGGGAACAGCACCACUGGUCCGCCACCGACCGCGAGUUCACAGAGUACGCCAUCAGCAUCAAAAGCAGAACAUUACACUCAUCUCUUAUUCAUGGCCCACAGGUACAACAAUGACGUGAAGCACAUCAAGAUCCUGACCAGAGAUGCCUGCUUCCACAUCGCAGAGAACAAGAAGUUCAGGAGUAUAUUAGAACUAAUUGAGUACUACAAACACCAUUCAUUGAGGGAAGGCUUCAGAAGCCUGGACACCACACUGCAGUUCCCCUACAGAGAGCAGGAGAAUGCUGCUAUGCUCCACACCAACAGACCUGGAGGAAACAUGUUCACCCCUAAGGUGAUGGGUAUGGCGAUAGCCCGCUAUGACUUCAGCUCCAGGGACACCAGAGAGCUGUCUCUACAGGAGGGAGACAUAGUCAAGAUCUACACCAAGUCAGGAGCCAAUGGCUGGUGGAGGGGAGAGGUCAGCGGCAGGGUGGGCUGGUUUCCAUCUACCUAUGUGGAAGAAGGAGAGGAGUGAAAAAGAAAAAUACUGUUUGGUUUAGUACUGGACCCUCUAUGGUUGAUCUGACAGCUUGCUGAGAUGGGACUUCCUUAUCUGGGAUUCCAGCCCUCCUAUUGGCUGUCAGCGACGUCCCAGAGACCUUUGGGAAAAGAGGGGUUUCUCGAUGAACUAGUGACUGAUUCUCUCUGCAACAGUCUAGUGACUGAUUCUCUCUGCAACAGUAUAGUGACUGAUUCUCUCUGCAACAGUCUAGUGACUGGUUCUCUCUGCUCUGCUCCACCACUUCAACAGCUUUGUUGUCAGCAGGGGAAGGACCUUUGCCAGAACCCAGUUCUCUCCUUCACAUCCACCUCUCUCCCUCUGUCAAUACUGCUACCGCAAGUUGUCGCUGAAAUAUUUAAAUGCUGCCCAUCCAUCUAUCCAUCCAUCCAUUUAUCCAUCCGUCCACACCACCCAGAAUAUAGCUAAGACUGUCUAAGGAUUUGGAAAAGUGAAAGAGAAAAGAGAGAGAGAGAAGAGACACACACACAAAUACACACACACAGGGCGGCUGGUAGCCUUGUGGUUUGAGCGCUGAAAGGUCGCUAGUUCGAGUCCCCAAGCCGACAAGGAUAAAAAUCUGUCAAUGUGACCUUGAGCAAGCUACUUAACCCUAAUACUGUCAUGAAACACCUCCCACACCCAUCCUCACAGAUUACAAUCUCUGCCACUGAACACGACACACGCACAGGUUGACGCACAGUUUAUUGGGAUGAAUAUUGUGCUGGAGGCAGAGCUGAGCGAUCUUCGUUAGCUGGUCCAGCCACAAGGUCAAAAUAGUUUAUAUCGUYAAAAAGAUUCGCUUUUUCGUCUUAAUUUAGGGUUAGGCACAAGGUUAGUAGUGUGAUUAAGGUUAGGGUUAAGAUUAGGGAUUAGGGAUUUGAUGACUUUGUGGCUGUGGCAGCUAGUGACCACCCUG